GCUCGGCUUUUUUCUUGCAAACAACCACCUUUUUCCUGCGCUCACUCCACGCGCGCCCUACGUUCUUGUACUCGAUCAUGGUGCCCGCUACGUGAGAAAUCGCUACCGCGGUUGUCUACUCCUUAUCUCCCCUUGUACAAUAUCUGUAGCACUAUCUUCUUAUCUGUAUUUUUCUUUGUUGAGCCGGUUCCGGAUCCUCACGGUUGGAGAGAUCCCGAUAUAGACGUAUCCUCAAACAUUGUACCUUCACACGUCGCAGGCUGUGCAUUGUUUUUUCAAACAUAUAUUCCUGUCUUGCGUUGUUCCGCGACUUCAUUCUUAUACCCAUUUUUUGCGUUGCGUUGCAAGAUUCGAGGUGUACACUGCCUCGCCACCGUAUACCCGCCCGCCGUUACCAGUUAGACUCGACCAGUCUCAAGGAAAACCAGUCCGUUGGAUAAGUUGCAAAGCAAAAUGGCGGCGCAUCCCCUAUUUGUAGCUCCCUAUACAUCCAGGGAAACAGACGGGUUGCUCGAUUCACCAGCCACCACCGCUGAGAAGAGGAUCCAACCACAGCUUCAACUUUCCACCAGCACGGAGUCAAGUGAAGGGUAUACUCCCGCUGUCAUUCAUACGAGGCAUUCUAAACCUCAGCCGUCGUGGACCAUUUCGACACCACCGGACUCGCCAACGAGGCUUCGGUCUUCAAACAUGGGUGCACAAGAUUCACUGGGCUUGCACGACAGUGGCGCCAUGACGCCUCCCAUCACACCUACCAGCGCUUCACGCACAAGGUCUGAUUCAGUAUCAGAUUACCUAAGCACGCUAUCGAGUCUACGCCGUGGUGACUCGACAUCAUCCUCACGGUCAAGCCCUCGAGUUUCAUUCGAUAUGCCCAGGAAGCCUCGCAGCACCGAAACGAUCAACUUCCCGUAUCAGUUCACCGAGUACGAGUUCAUGAAAGAUGCAGAGGGAAAGAGAAGGACUAUUGGCAAGGGUCUGUGGAGCAAUGUGUACUUGGCGAAGUUGAGUUUGCCAAAGCCUACGAACCAGUGUACAUUAACCGCGCAUGGCGGUGCUGCUAUGACGCCUCCUCUCACGCCAAUAAAUUCGCAAGACUCCAGCUUGGCGAUAGAUCAGUUACCGGCUUUCCCCCUUUUUUACGCGAUCAAGGUCCCAGCCUCGACUGGUGCCAAACAGGUCCUUGCCGCAGAAGCAAAAGUCUUGUCGCACCUAUCUUCUUUCCCAGACGCAGCGCGCCACAUCGUCUCAUUCUAUGGCCUUGAUACCCGGACUGGCGCACUGGUGCUAAAAGCCAUGGACGGCACACUAGAGACCUGGAUCGAACAGCACCUAAACACGCUGGACGAAACCUCGCGCGCCCAAAAGCUCGCCACCGUCUUCCCCGCAAUCGCAAGGUCUCUCCUCACAAGCUUAAUCUGGAUGCAAGACAAGCACUGUAUCCACGCCGACAUCAAGCCGUCCAACAUCCUCGUUUCACGCCCCUCCUCCACCAUCCCUACUACCGUCUUCUCAGACUUUUCCUCUACUAUCCUGACAUCCCCGACGUCUGAUACUACCGUCGAACCUUCCCCUGUCGGCGCAGGUACCUGGGAUUACCUCGACCCCUCCCUCCUCAGCACCCGCUGCCCCGCCUCCCCAUCUGCCACCACGGAUCUCUGGUCUCUCGCCAUCACGCUUCUUUUCCUCGUCAUCGGCACAUCGCCUUUUGACGCGUUCAAAAGCAAUAAGUUCCAGCAGCGCGAGAUGAUCAAGGCUGGUGCGCCGCUGCAGUGUCUCGCGUAUGGAGAUGAAGGGAUCAGGAAUGUGGGGCGGUUGAAGGCGCUGAGUGGAGAGUUGGGGUUCGAUGUGCAGAACUGGUUCGCUAGGGCUUUUGUCAAGGAUAGGGAGAAGAGGGUUGAGGGUGUGGAGUGGAGGGGGGAGAUUGAGGUGCUUGUUGCGGCGAGGAUGUGAGAGCACUCACCCCCAUCUACGCAACGCACAUUUUUCGCCUGUGGACAGAUCUGUUCUAUGCUUGUGUUGUAUUUGUAAACGGUUCUGUUGAACUGGGGAGUUUUUGAUUUGGAGGACGUUCGCUUGAUACCCCCUAUUUGCGCAUUUCGAGAUUUGUAUGUCUAGGUCAUUGUGGUGUGGAUUUUCACCUAUGUUCAAUCAAACUCUUUAGGUCACUAUGAGAUUACUGCAAGUCAUUCUCCCAAUUUUCUUUCAACUAAAUGAUUCACUAUACCUACUACUCUUCUCGUGUUGAAAGCCGGGUUUGAUCAUGUGAUCAUGAGCCUCCUGGAUGUAUGUAUCCGCUGUAUCCUUGGUAGUGUUGCUCUCCAAAUACCCAUUUUACUUUUGUACCCUCUUUAACAAGAAAUUCCGCAU